UUUUGUCGAUAAUGGGACAAGACUACUACGAGAUUCUAGAAAUAAACCGAAACGCGACGGAUGCAGAUAUUAAAAAGGCAUAUCGACGCCUUGCACGGAAGUUUCAUCCAGCCAGUAACAAAGAGCCAGGAAGCUAUGAGAAGUUUCGACAGCUGGGAGAAGCCUUGGAUGUUUUAAGUGACCUUCAUAAAAAGGCCACCUAUGACAAAUUUGGGGAGGAUGGUUUAAAGGGUGGCAUUCCUAUUGAAUUUAGUAAAGAUGGUGCUUGGUCUACAAAAUACGCCUAUCACGACAAUCCAGAGAAAACAUUUAAAGAGUUUUUUGGGAGUGACAAUCCAUUUUCAGAUUUCUACAUAAGCGAUUUUCCUCUUCAGUUUGGUGGCCUGACUCCUGGGGAGAAUAAGAUUAAGGAUGAUCCCAUUGAACGAUACCUAUAUUUGUCCUUAGAUGACCUUUACCAUGGAUGCACUAAAAAAAUUAAAAUAUCCCGCAAAGUCAUGAAUAUUGAUGGCUGCACGUCCAGCAUCAGAGACAAGAUUUUGACUGUAACAGUGAAGCCUGGAUGGAAAGAGGGCACAAGAAUAACGUUUCCUGAGGAGGGGGAUCAGGGCCCUAACAACAUUGCAGCAGACAUAGUGUUCAUUGUGCAACAGAAGCCUCAUCCAGUGUUUGAGAGAAUUGACAAUGAUUUGAUUUACCACGCACAAGUGUCACUGGAGAUGGCUCUGACUGGUUUCUCAGUAGAAGUAGAGACUCUCGAUGGCAGACUCAUCAACAUUCCCUUCAAUGAAAUUGUGCACCCAUUGUACAAAAAAGUGGUGCCCAAAGAGGGAAUGCCGCUGCCAGACGACCCUUCACAAAAAGGAGACCUCAUCUUUACAUUUGAUAUUCAUUUCCCUGAGAAACUUUCUGCUGAAAGUAAACUUCUGAUCAAACAGGCACUGCAUUAUUAA